CUAAAAACGAAAAAUUUUCUUUAAGAUUAUUGCACAAGACAAUAUAUAAUAUGUUUCCGGGUGAUAAAAAGAAUAUAAACCCUAAUUUAAGUUACAAUAAACAUAAUCAAUACAUGAAUGUGGGAAAUUCACCAGUUUUUCUACCCACAUCUGGUCCUGGUCCUGACAUCUGCAAUUACCUAAAUAGUGGGUUGAGGAUGCCACUAAACAUGCAAGGUGACAUUGACUGGGCAAAGCUUGCACAACAGUGGAUACAUAUGAGAGAUUUGAAUCCAUCAGGCGUUUUGCCAAUAGCUAAUUGUAAUAUCAAUAUGCCCAUGGCCCCUCCUCCGCCUAUUAUCGGCAAUGUGCCAGAGUACCGCCAUCAAAGCCACUUACUGGAGCUACAUCAACACCAACUCUCCAAAGCUCAACCGCGCUAUGAAGAACAGGGUGAAGCAGAAAUGGACAUGGAUGAAGAUGAAAAUGGUGGACGUGUAGGGGUUAUAUCUGAGAGUCAGACGCCAGAUUCCCUGAUUUCUAAACAGCCAUGGACGAACAGCAAUAACAAUAAACGGUUGUCAAUUGCCGUAUUAUCCAAGAAUAUAACGGACGCCAUAGACCCACAACAAUGGAACAAUUGGCAAAAAGUGCAAAACAGCCCCACAGCUCAUAUACCAUCGCUUCUUAAGUUGAAUAUUAGCAAUCCUAAUGAGCAACACCAAUUAACAGUACAACAGGCACAAGAUUCACUACAAACUAAGUACGCGGAAGUUAAUGUUACCUCAGGCAACGAACUUGAUGCUAACAAACGAAAAAUGCUACCAGCAUGGAUUAGAGAGGGUUUGGAAAAAAUGGAACGGGAAAAGCAACGGCGGCUUGAACGUGAGGUACAUCCGAUUCUGGAUAUUGAGUCUUCAGCAACGGAUUUUAAGCAAGUAUCAAGCCAAACAAUAAGAAAACCUGAUAAUAUCUUGAACAUUUUAAAUGUGGCUAGCGACAGCGAAGAAGAUUUUAACAGCCCUGUAGAAACUGCACACGUGGAAACCAGCAUGGCCCAGCUUAUAGGUAAUAAUAAAUUGAGUAGAUCCAGUAGCAGUGAUGAGGAAAACGAAAAUAGAUGUCAGCGAAGCCAACAACAACAGUCUGUCAAUAAUACUUCAGUUGCACGCACUAGAAACGUUGAAGCAGCGACAAUAACCGGUAAAAGCUACGAAGCAAAACUUGCGAACUUGAUGCUUAUUGUGCGUCGUACACUAACUGAAAUACUUUUGGAAACCACAAAUGAAGAGAUUGCAGCAAUUGCUAACGAAACAAUCGAAGCACACCGCGCCGAAGCGUCAUCAGCCCAAGUGAUUUGCAAAAGCGCCUUGUCCUCAAUUACCGGCAACCUGGGUUUAGCUGCAUAUGGCGAUUCAUCGAGCGAGAGUGAGGAUGAAGAUAAAGGCAAGUAUACCCAUGACUCUGCCACCAAGGAAACAAAUAGAAGCGUUGAGCUUGUCACAGAUGAACUUAAACUGCGAAUACGUAAAAGUAAACGCGCCUUUGAGAAAGUCAUUGAUGAAAUUGAAGAGCGUGUCUCGCAUCAAGCUCAAAUUGAUGAACAGAAUUUGCAGCAGGAUCGCAAGUUGGAAAUGGAACAGGACUACGCUAAGAAGCCUAGACUGAUUAUCGAACAAAGGUUUCAGCCACAGUCUAACGCAGAAUCUUUUUCAACUUCCAAUGCAACAAGCGUUCAUAAUGAUAAGUUGCCGCACUUUAAUGGAAAACGAGCCAGCCGUAAGGAGCGUGUCACACGGUUCAGUGAUAAUAAGGACAGUAAACAUGCGAUAAGUUGUGUAAGUCAGACGAUCACUGCAGGUGCUACCACGCAGAAUAGCAUUUUCCCUCAGGUGAAAAGUGUAGCAAAUUUAGCCAACGACUUGCUGCAGAUACCUCAAUCCAUGGCCACCAUGCUAAACGCUGCGGACAAGGCACUCGACAAGGCUAACAAAUCAUCAAAGAGAAAUCGCAGUCGCCAGUCCUCUUCAUCUUCAACCGACAGCAGCAGGAAGAGCAGCAUCUUAAGUAACGAAAGAAGCAGCAGCUUUAACAGCUCAAAAUCAUACAAGUAUGAUAAACGUAGCGUUGCGAAAAAGUCCAGUCGAUGCAGAGAAAAUAACAAAAAGCAUAGUGGCAACAAGAGUAAACACAGCCAUCAUAGUGGACACAACUGGGACGGUCAUCAAAAGAACAUGGGGCACGAUCGGCAUUCUUAUUAUCAUUACUAUAAUAGCAAACGUGAGCGAAGAGACCGUGAAUCUAGCCAGUCAUGUGACGAAAGUUCAAAUUACGGCAGGCAUGGUACUCGGCAAAGUAGCUCUUGUCGCAGUCACCAGAGGAAUAGAAAUGACAAGAAACGCCGACGAACUCGCUCGCGUUCGAAUUCUUGAAAUACAUACAACUCAACCUAUUCGACAGAUUCCAAACUGCAAGAAAAAAAUCCUCAUUAAAUGACUAAAUAAUAUAUUACUAUAUAAUACAU